AACAAAAUCAGAAUCAUAAUCAUCCCCCCACACACAAACCAGCGAAGAAGAUGAGUAUCUUCUUCUGCACUCCACCAUCUUCUUCCCUCUCUCCACCACCAACCACCCCUCACCGCCACCACAAACCACCUACCUCCACCUCCCUCCCUCACAAACCAUCCUUAAUCUCUUCACUAACUGGAGCCGCACUCUCCUUCAACCUCAUCUUCUUCUCGCCGCUCUCUCCACCGCCGUCUAUCGCCGCAGACUCCACUUCUUCAGCCGUUCAAUUCGAGUGCCGUGAAGAAGAUCAACGGUUAGAAGACGAGCAGCGCCUCCGAAACGCUCCUGAACUGGUGACUAAUGAAGAUAUUGUUACUGAGGCUUGGCAGAUUGUUAAUGAUAGCUUUAUUGGUACUGAUCGGAGCCGCUGGUCACCUCAAUCGUGGCUUCAAAAGAAAGAAGAUGUAUUGGGUACAUCACUUCCAACGAGGUCGAAAGCUCAUGAUGUAAUCCGGAGGAUGUUAUCGAGCUUAGGCGAUCCUUAUACUCGUUUUCUUUCACCUGCACAGUUCUCAAAGAUGGCAAGAUAUGACAUGUCUGGAAUCGGAGUAAACCUUAGGGAAAUUCCCGAUGAAAAUGGUGAAGUAAAGUUGAAGGUCUUAGGACUCAUUUUGGAUGGCCCUGCGCAUACUGCCGGUGUCAGACAGGGAGACGAACUAUUAUCUGUCAAUGGAGUAAACGUGAAGGGGAAGUCAGCAUUUGAAGCUUUAUCAAUCUUACAAGGCCCCAGCGAAACAUCCGUAAACAUCAUGGUAAAGCAUGGAAAUUGUGGUCCGGUACAGUCUAUUGAUGUCCAAAGGCAACUUGUUGCUAAAACCCCUGUUUUUUAUCGGUUGGAACAAACGGAUAAUGGCAAUACCAAAGUUGGGUAUGUGCGUUUGAAGGAGUUUAACGCACUCGCUAGGAAAGAUUUGGUUACAGCAAUGAAGAGACUUCAAGGAAUGGGUGCCUCGGUCUUUGUUCUUGAUCUUAGAGAUAAUCUUGGUGGAUUAGUACAAGAGGGAAUUGAAAUUGCCAAAUUAUUUCUUAAUGAAGGGGAGACAGUAAUAUAUACUGCUGGAAGGGAACCUCAAAAUGUAAAAAGUAUCGUAGCAGAAACAUCGCCUCUUAUUACAGCUCCAGUCAUUGUUUUGGUGAACAGAAAUACUGCUAGUGCAAGUGAAAUUGUUGCAUCUGCGCUUCAUGACAAUUGUCGAGCUAUUCUUGUUGGUGAAAGAACCUAUGGAAAGGGCUUGAUUCAGUCUGUAUUUGAACUUCAUGAUGGAUCUGGUGUGGUGGUCACUGUGGGGAAAUACGUCUCACCGAAUCAUUUGGAUAUAAACGGGAAUGGAAUAGAUCCGGAUUAUAAAAAGUUACCAGCAUGGAAUGAAGUAGCGGAACGUCUGUCCAAGUGCCAAAAGCAACAAGGAUGAAACACAGCCAUGUAGUGUUUUAUGUACAACAAGAUGAUAUGUAUAUAUAUGUUUACGAGAAUCUUGUCCCGUUCGUUAUAAAUGCUAGGACUAGAAACAAUCAUCAAUUGUAUAUUCAUUUCUUAUGAUGCAAGUUGAUACUAGUGGAAGAAAGGAAACAUGAUUCAUGGAAACAAUAAACACACACUUACUAUAUAUGGUUGAUCGCCAUCAUGGUACACGAGGAGACACAUGGCUAAACUUGAAUCCGAUAUACAAUUUUUUAUCUAAGAAUUUCCGGGGAUAGAACUCGACUAAAUCCCCCGUGUUUAUUC